UGCUUCAAGUCCUCUUUACUUUCAGCAAGCAAGGUUGUGUCAUCUGCAUAAUGCAGGUUAAGGAGUCUUCCUCCAUUCCUGAUGCCCUGUUCUUCAUAUAGUCCAGCUUCUUGGAUUAUUUGCUCAGCAUACAGAUUGAAUAAGUGUGGUGAAAGGAUACAACCCUGACACACACCUUUCCUGAUUUUAAACCACGCAGUAUCCCCUUAUUCUGUUCAAAUAACUGCCUCUUGGUCAAAGUACGGGUUCUUCACGAGUACAAUUAAGUGUUCUGGAUUUUCCAUUCUUUGCAAUGUUAUCCAUGACUUGUUAUGAUUCACACAGUUGAAUGCCUUUGCAUAGUCAGUAAAACACAGGUAAACAUCUUUCUGGUGUUCUCUGCUUUCUGCUGAGAGCCAUCCGAUUACCAGCAAUGAUAUCCCUCGUUCCACAUCCCCUUUUGAAGUAUCUUCAGCAAAAUUUUACUUGUGUGUAAUCUUAAUGAUAUUCUAUAAUUUCCACAUUCUGUUGGAUCACUUUUCUUUGGAAUUGGCACAAAUAUGGAUCUCUUCCAGUAGGUUGGCCAGAUAGCUGUCUUCUGAAUUUCUUGGCUUAGAAUUUCUUUCCAGUGCUGCAUCCAUUUGUUGAAACAUCUCAUUCGGUAUUCUGUCGAUUCCUGGAGCCUUGUUUUUCACCAGUGCCUUCAGUGCAGCUUGGACUUCUUCCUUCAGUACCAUCGGCUCUUGAUCAUAUGCUACUUUCUGAAAUAGUUGAACAUCGACCAGUUCUUCUUGGUACAGUGACUCUUUGUCUUCCAUCUAUCUUCUUUUGAUGCCUCUAGUGUCAUUUAAUAUUUUCCUCUUAGAAUCCUUCAAUAUUGCAACUCAAGGCUUGAAUUUUUUCUCCAGUUCUUUCAGCUUGAGAAAUGCCAGGCAUGUUCUUCCCUUUUGGUUUUCUAACUCCAGGUCUUUGCACAUUUCAUUAUAAUACUUUGCCUUCUUGAGCUGCCCUUUAAAUCUUCUUUUACUUCAUUAUUUUUUCCUUUCGUUUUAGCUACUUUUACAUUCAAGAGCAAGUUUCAGAGUCUCUUCUGACAUCCAUUUUGGCCUUUACUUUCUUUCCUGUCUUUUUAAUGACCUCUUGCUUUCAUGUAUGAUGUCUAUGAUGUCAUUCCACAGUUCUUCUGGUCUUCAGUCAUUAGUGUUCAAUGUGUCAAAUCAAUUCUUGAGAUGGCCUUUAAAUUUAGGUGGGAUAUACUUAAGGUUGUAAUUUGGCUCUCAUGGACUUGUUCUAAUUUUCUCCAGCUUCAGCUUGCAUAUGAGCAGUUGAUGGUCUGUUCUGUAGUCAGCCCCUUGCCUUAUUUUCACUGAUGAUAUCAAGCUUCUCCAUCACCUUUUUCCACAGAUGUAGUCAAUUCGAUUCUUGGGUAUUCCAUCUGGUAAGGUCCACAUGUAUAGUUGCCAUUUCUGUUGUUGAAAACAGGUAUUUGCAAUGAGUAAGUCAUUGGUCUUGCAAAACUAUCAUGCAAUCUCCAGCAUCUUUUCUAUCAGUAAGGCAAUAGUUUCCAACUUCGACAUUCCAAUCACCAGUAAUUAUCAGUGCAUCUUGGUUUCAUGUUUGAUCAAUUGAAGAAUGCAGAAGUUGGUAAAAAUCUUCAAUUUUUUAUGUUUGGCCUUAUUGGUUGGUGCGUAAAUUUUAAUACUCGUAUUAACUGGUUUUCCUUGUAGGUGGUAGGCAAGGUAAGCACCUUUAACUUCACGAGGGAGAAGGAGAAUCAAAAUCAACAGCUCAAGGCUGAUUCCUAUGAGGUGGAGGUCAAACAUGCCUCCUCCCUCUCCCCUUUUUACCGAUUCUGACACCAUCCAUCCCUCCCAUGGCACUCUCUACUUCUCUGCUGUGUUCGAUAAUUUGUUGCAAUGGCCACACAGAACUCACAGACCAUACUCACAGUUAUGGGGUUUAUUAGGGAAGUAACAGGUUACAAAUUCAGGCUCAGAAAUGCUCAGGAUACAGUUCUUUGCUCAGUACAGCCUUUUUCUCAGCCGUCCCGUAGGCAUGCCUUUCUCUGGCCCUUCGGCCUCUGCCCGAAAGCACUCAGCUUUCUCCCUCUGUGGGCCAGGAACCCCACCUCAUCAUCUCCUGCUGUUCUCCUGGUUCUGCUCCCUCUGCUGCAGCUGUUCCUCUGCUGCUGCUUCUCGCCAUCUCUCGCCAUCUCUGGUGUUACUGAUGUCUCUCUCUGUCUUCUGCUUCUGCUGCCUCUACCUUCCAUGUUACAGCUCCUCUUUCUCUUUCUCCAUGUCUCCCUUUAAACCUAGCAAGAUGGCAAAACUGACCAAUCCCCUCGUUAGGGUUCCAUACACUUUAUUUGCGUGGUCCCAUCCCCACAAGGAUGUCAUGCACCUUUUUACAUUAUUAGCAAGCUAUCUAACCCCUUAGUGGGCCACAAGCACCUCAUUUGCAUAGUUCUCACCUAGUCAUUUGGUGGGAGUUACAAAGGCUAUGGCUAGAAGGGUCGUAUUAAGUAAUUCACUGCAGUGUACCACCCCUGUUCUCAUCUAUCUUCCAACCACUCCAUUCUUAGACUAGUCAGAGGGUAAGACAACCCUAUGAACCCUAAGGACUAACCCUCUCCAUCUCCACUCAUUGCACAGGGGCCAAAUCUACAGUGACUAACACCUAGGAGUUUGCAUCAAACCCCUUUACUCAGUACUAGGUUAGAAGUCUGAGGAGCCAGCUGGGCCCUACAGCCAAGAAAGUUUCCAUUUUGGAGUACUUCCACAGUACAAAUCACAGGAGCAGACUGUCCCUGGUAAAGCAAAAGAGCCACGACUCCUAGUCUGUUCUAGGCAAGUCGUGAACUCUCAGCCAGAAUGCCUAAAACAGGCAAGAACAAAUAAAGAGAAAAAUCACAAAUAUUCAGAAUGUGAAGAUGUUGGUAUCACCUUGACCAAUUCCAAGAGGUCUUCCUGGAAGAGGGCCCAAACUAGAUUGUGAACAAUACUGUCACCAGUUGCAGUAGAGCUGUGAAUUCGAGGCAGGACGAGAGUCCAUAGUACAAGCAAACUAAGCGUGCCUGAGAGCCAGGGCUUUAGGCUAGACCUCAGACCUCCUGAGAAAAGGGGGCUGGCUGAAGGGCAGGCAGUAGCCAGAGCUGAAGAGCUGAGGAGCAUUAUGGAGGGACUGAUCUGCAAGAAAUGUUAGAAUCCAGCUUCUGAUGGGCAAGGUGACAGAAGCUGCCCCAGAGUUUGAAAGGACAAUCAGGGCAAAGGAUAUAAAAGGAGCCCUGGGGGUGGGAGUGAUGCCCCAGAAGCAGAACUGAAGCAUCCCUAAAAGAGCCAGUCCCCAGGGGAACAGGUUCCUCAGGCUCUCCCCCUUCAUGCCUGGCCCAGCCUCCACCCACCGCUCUAGUGGAGGAGCCCUGUUGAUUACUCCCUGUGAGCAUCCUCACGCCCGAGCACUAAGAGCUUAAUGUUUCCUCUCUCCUAGUGAGCAAGAGCCUCGGGAAGUGCCCAAGAAGGGGUAUGGAUCCCUGUGCAGGCCUAGGACCCUGGCACCUUAGCUCAGGGAAGAUCUGAGCUCCUUUUAUACCAGACCCUCUCCAGAGAUAGGGGAAGGGGCUCCAGAGAACCUGGUUCUUGGUUACCGUUCUCCCUUUGGGCCCUUCCAAGGGCAAAAAUUUCUGGGUCUGAACAGUGUCAGGCCUAAGCAAAACAGUGAAGGACGGAAUGUUGAUUUUCCCUGCCCUGGCCUACCUCUCCAUCACCCUCUCCCUUGCUCCUAUCCUCCCCCACAGCCAACUCAAAAACCCUCAGCCUGAUGUCCUCAUUCCUUGUCCUGUCCAGACCUUUGCUAGGGGCAUUGACAACUGGAAAGUGGACAAAGAUUUAAGGUAGAAGAAUUCUCUAGUGGUGGAACACUGUGGAAUGCUAGAGAGAGGACCUUAGAGCAGAGUUCACUGGAGAGGCCUGUUCCUGUAGAUGACCGGGCCUGAAACUCUCUAGAUCCCAGUUGUGUGCUCUGUGAGGUACAAGAGUAACGUUGCUUUUCUCAGAAACUCAAGGGGGCAGGGAGAGGGGAUUCACCAUGCAUAGGCAGGUUGGAAAAACUAAGACAGAGGGUCCUUCCCAGGUGAAGGUGGGGCAUUAGGGUGCAGUCACCCAAGUUCAUUAUCACCAGGGCCCAAGGAAAAAGAAUGAGGCAACUUUAAGUCCCAUCAGGAUGGACCCUACCAUCCAAGCUGCCCAGUCACUGAAUGGUGUGGGACCCACAUCAAGGUUCUUGGGGGUGGGGAGAAGGACAGGUGUUGUCAGCGUGGAACAAGGAUCAGGUUGUGAAUCAGGGAGUCUGAGAUAACAGAAGAUACCAGGAUUCAGUCUGUAAAGAGCAAGCUCUGGGCCCUGCUAGAAGAGAGCCCUAGCCACACAGCCUGAGUCUGUAGGAGCAUUAAGGAAGCUGAACAGUUGGGCACCUGCUGAACGCCAGAUACUUUAUCAUGUGAAGUAAGCCCUCACAACAAGGCUGUGCCAUGGGCAUGGCUCAUUAACCUCGUUUCACAGGUUUGAGAGCAGCUUCAGAGAAAUUUUGAGACUGGCCUGGUCUGUACUGAUUUAGGCCUUGAUUGGUUCAGUUCCAAAGCCCACUGUCAACCAGACAUGGGUGAGAGGACAGCAGAAGACAAUUUCCAGUCUUCUUUUUCUAGUGGGAUCAGGCAAGUUGCUUGAAGGGUGGAGGUGAAGGGGUGCUCAAGAUGAAAUUCAGCCUGCUGUAGUGGCCCAAAGCUGGAUCAAGGGUAGGCAGCAGUCACGAUAGACAGCUAUCGCUGGGGCCUGCAGCCCCUGACUCACUUUCAUCUGGCAUCCUGGAAAUGAAUCCAGCCACUUAAGUCAGUUUCCUAGAUACGUAAAGCUCACACCCUUACAAUUUAAAACUUUUUAAAAACUCAUUUUGGGAGGAAAUCAUUCUAAAAUGUUACAGUCCUCUUUAGCACAUCUGUGAUAUAAAAUUUGUGGAUAGCCGAGGAUCAUCCAUAGAAAGCCGGGGUUCACUGCAGCACUGUCUUAAGAGGCUUUGGCUGAGGAGGGAACUGUUUGUCUCUAUGCUAAAGUACCUCAGAUCACUUUUAACCUCUUAUGACUGCUUUAAAAGUUUGUUUUGUUUUUAUGGUGUUGCCUGCCUUGCUACCAGGCUACCAGGGGUCACUUGCUGCUCUAAUUGUGCUACUAAUUUGCUAGUACAGGAACCCCCAUGGACACACUGAAAUCGUCAGUAAAGUGAGGCUAAACAGGUCAUAACUGAGGACUUAAAAGUAUCCAAAAUGAGUAAAGUACACUGAAUAUUUUAGCUGCUCAAGAGUCCUUUCUGCUUCCUCCAGACCCAGCUGCCAUGUUGCCCCUUCCAUUGGAAAAGUCCACUGAAUAUUGCGAUACAGAUUACUUCCAAAAAUAGAUGACAGUUGGAAUAUUUGAGACAAGGAUGGCAGCACAGAGAUGAAAAACACACUCUGGCAUUGGAAAGAUUUGGGUGGGAAUCCCGGUGUCCCCAUUUCCAGCUGUAUGAUUGAUUUGGGGACAAGGUACCUGCCUACCACUCUGCGCCUUUGGGUCAUGAGGCUGAAAGGAGAUAAUGCAGAAAGAUGUGUUAUCUGGCACAAAUCAGUCAGGAAGGAGAGGAAAUCUGAAUGUGUGCCUGGGUGCUGGGAGUGUCUGGAAGGAGGAGGACAAGAGUGGGAACCAGAAGGGAACAGGAACCAAGCAGUGAAGGAGCAGUAAAGACCCACCAUCCCAACUGCCCGCAAAGAGGUAGAGUAGACAUCCGUGUCUGCCUUCUGCAGCCAGAAGGCCUGGCUGAUACCCCAGAGAGCGCUGGGAGGAGGGCUGGCAAACACACACACACACACACACACACACAAAUACAACUUCAGGUCAGGGGCUUUGAGAGGGCUAGAUUCAUUUCUCCCUUUUUUUCUGCUCUGAUUAACACUAGCUUGGUGGGCCUAGCAGGGAAGGAGAGAAGGGGGAGGAGUCCCCGCGAUGGCGUGCACCCGCCUGAACCUAACCCCAAAAUGAAGCUACCCGAAAGCAGCGGCUCUCGCCUUCCUCAGAGCCCCCAUUUGCAUAGGAGCCAGGCUGGGAAAUGGGAACCCUUGUGGGUCUCAGCCCUGCAGAGACAGGUUUGGAAGGGAGAGGAUGGCAGGGAGGCUUUAGGAAUGGGACUACUCCUUGCCUCUGCAUCUGUUUUGGCCUAUUUCUAUUUGUCUUUCAGAUCAGCUUUCAGCCUUUUGCCCCUCCGUUCAGCCACUGAGCACUCAGUCUGGGCUGGACACUAGGGUAGGGGGCUGGGAAUACAGGGACAAAUGACGCAUAGUCCUGGCUGCUCCAGAAAGAACUCCUGGUACUCAGGUCCCUGGCUCUUGCCACAUCCUCGGCUCUCUGAACCCGUCUCCUCUGCACCUCUGACUUUGUCCUGCUCAUGACUUACCUAGGCUCUGCAGUGAGAGAGAGAGAGAGAGUGUGUGUGUGUGUGUGUGUGUGUGUGUGUGUGUGUGUGUGUGUGUGUGUGUGUACACGCUCCCUGAGGGAAGCAACACAAAGGAAAGGGAAUGGGGACGCAGAAAGGAGGGAAUCCCACUGACAUCACUGCUCAUUAGCAUGUGUGACCUCAUCAGGGGGCGGUACAAUUUCCCCAGGUGUCGGGGGAGGGCACGGGUGGAGGGGUGGUAUUUAAAGGGAGAAGAAGCUGACUGCUGCUGAGGGAGGGAGCGGGUGCUGCAAGCUACCGGGCUGCACACGCACAAACACACCGAUGCAAACGGACCCCGACACCAACAUGGACACGGACACAGAAACCACAGCACUCUGCCCUUCAGACAGCCGCCAGGGCUCCCCUCCAGGGACGCCCACACCAGAAGUAGUUGCCACACUGCUGAAGAAGCCAGAGAAACUGCUGGCAGGGUUGGACCGGAGCAUUCCAACCCCUGCCCCAGGGGCCCCCAGACGAAGAGGCAGUAUGCCUGUCCCCUACAAGCACCAGCUGCUGCGGGCCCAGGCUGUAGAUGAACUUGACUGGCCACCUCAGGCGUCAUCCUCUGACUCCUCUGACUCCCUGGGCUCAGGCGAGGCAGCCCCCAACCAAAAUGAUGGCAUCUUCAAGGUCAUGCUGGUGGGGGAGAGCGGCGUGGGCAAGAGCACUCUAGCAGGCACUUUCGGAGGUCUACAGGGAGACAGUGCUCAUGAGCCUGAGAACUCAGAGGACUCCUAUGAGAGACGAAUCAUAGUGGAUAAGGAGGAAGUGACUCUAGUUGUAUACGACAUCUGGGAACAGGGGGAUGCAGGGGGGUGGCUGCAGGACCACUGCCUUCAGACCGGGGAUGCUUUUCUCAUCGUCUUCUCAGUCACCGACCGAAGAAGUUUCUCCAAAGUUCCAGAAACCCUACUUCGGCUCCGGGCUGGGAGGCCCCACCACGACCUGCCCGUCAUCCUUGUUGGCAACAAGAGCGACUUGGCCCGCUCCCGGGAAGUCUCACUGGAGGAGGGCCGCCACCUGGCCGGGACGCUGAGCUGCAAGCACAUCGAGACGUCAGCCGCGCUGCACCACAACACGCGCGAGCUCUUCGAGGGCGCGGUGCGCCAGAUCCGGCUGCGGCGGAGCCGGGGUCGCGCCGGGGCUCGGAGGCCGGAGCGGGGCAGCCCCGAGGGCCCAGCGCCGCCCGCGCGCCGGGAGAGCCUCACCAAGAAGGCCAAGCGCUUCCUCGCCAACCUGGUGCCGCGCAACGCCAAGUUCUUCAAGCAGCGCUCCAGGUCGUGCCACGACCUCUCGGUGCUCUGAGCUGCGGUCGCCAUGGCCACCGCGGUCGCCAUGGCCCCCGCGCCCUCCGCUCGCCCUCCGCCCCGCCCCGCCCCGCGCCGCCCAGGUCCGGCUUCCUCUGUGGAGGCCGUCUAGGAAACCAAAAAUUCCCAGGUGCCGUGGUGUGGCCGCGGGGGCGGGCCGGAGAGGGGCGGUGUCGUCGCCUCCCACGCGUUCUCUGGCUGCUUCCUGGCCUUAGGGCGCCUGGAAGGCGGAGACGCCGGCCUGCAAGCCGGCGCACUGCGGGGUGAGCGGAGCGGACUCUGGGGGGGUCAGGAAGGAAAGUUUUGCAAGGUAUUUUGCUUUUUUAUUGAUUCACGCUUGGCCACCUCUCUUGCAAAGAGAUUCUAAAAGCGAGAACUGAAAAAGUGCUUUGUAGACUCCUUUGCGGAAUUUUCCGCCAUUGUACUCUGCGCGAAUCUGCCUCCCCUUUAAGACAUUCUUCUCUAGAGACUUUUUGGCAAACGUCAGGCUCUCGUCUGCCGCACUUGUCCACUUUUCCCUUAAGAAGACCUUAAAGGCAAGGGCCUGGAAAUUGUGUUUUUGAGAAUUGAUUCUGGGAUAUACCAUCACUCCAUGGCACUUCCCCUUUAAGGGUAUUAAAGGUAAUGUGUGGAGGGACUGUCUGGAGACGCCUACGUAAACUGAUGAGUGGCAUCCCUCUUUGGCUGGGGCCCGUGAGGCACCAGAAAGGGGUCACCCCUUCACUUUUCAAUAAAGAAUUUUUCUACUUUACUUGUUCCCUCGACUCUUUGUUCUCAAAGCCCCCGGGAAGGGAUGGAUAUGGAUAGAAACAUCUUUUAUAGACGAGAAAACUCAGGCCCAGCGGAACAAGGAACCUAAAUCUCUAAGGAGGAUCCAGAACUGACUUUGACAAUGACAAAGGCCCCAGAGAUAAUCGGGUCUAACUCCUCCCUUAAGGGAUAAGAAAACUGAGGCCUAUUGAGGAGCAGGGGUCUGCUAGAAGUCAUUCAGUAACUUGGUGGCACAGUUGGGCCAAGGCUUCAUUCAGCUCCUUACCCCAUCCUAUUUUGUGGAGAACAGGCUUGAGGCUACACAUAGCUCCCAGGGCUACACUCAGCUCUAACCAGGGCUGGCUCAGGGUGGGGCGCCAUCUACCAGGGAGGCCCAUCAGCUGGAGCACCAUGGGGUCUGCCUGCACCUCCCCUGGCAGGGCCCUGCCACCCCAGCCAUCACCUGCAAUGCCUGUGAGAGCUGAAGCUGUCAGUGCCUCCCUGGGGACACCCACGUCUGCUGCUGCCUGAACAAAGAGAGCAGAGGCAGGAGCUCCCCUCACCCCUAGACACACAAUACAGCUACCUGAGCACCUAAGUGCCAGGCCUCCACCCAACUCCACACAGUCUCCCAGAACUUGAUGAAAGAACAGUGAUAUGUCUUCUGAGUGCAGCUGGGGAGGAGCCAAAGGGCACCAGCCCAGCGCCGUGGCUAUGAGAUGAUAAUAUGAAUUAUGGCACUAUUCUUAGGACUUUAUGCACUUUAUCUGAGUUAAUUCUUUAACAGCUAUUUAAGUGUUAUUACCCAUUUUACAGUAGAAGAAACUGAGAGUUUGAAUAACUUGCCUGAGGUCACCCAGUGAGCAACAGAGCAGAAAUUCCACUAAUGUCUGCCAGAUGCUUAAUGAUUAUUUUAUCCAUCUGUUAUGGAUUGAAUUGUGUCCCCCCAAAAUAUGUGUUGUUAAUUCCUAAUCUCCCUGCCUGCAGUUAUAAUCCCAUUUGGGAAUGGGUUGUCUUUGUUAUGUUAAUGAGGCAGGUUAGUGUAGGGUAUGCCUUGAGUCAAUCUCUUUUGGGAUAUAAAAGAGAUUAAACAAGCAGGUGAGCUAGCAGAGAUUAGGAAAGAGAAAUUCAUAGCCACAUGAAGAUCCCCAAGGAGCAGAAGCUCAGAAGAGACAAGGACCUUCCUCCAGAGCUGACAGAAAGAAAAAGGCUUCCCCUACAGCAGGCGCUCUGAAUUCAGACUUCUAGCCUUCUAAACUGUGAGUAAAUAAAUUUCCAUUUGUUAAAGCCAUCCACUUGUGGUAUUUCUGUUAUAGCAGCGCUAGAUAUUAACUAAGACACCAUCUUUGCAUCUGAGUUCCCAUUCCAGGAAGGAUAGGAGGAAGAGGAGGAGAGACAGCAGAAGAGAUGUAGGAGGCACCACAGACCGCUGGGGUGAAAAGGCUAGAGAGAUUGCAUGGCUGUAGUGGAACAACCAAGCUCUAAAUUCCGGGGGCUCAUAGGCAAAGGCAAUUCAAUUUUUAAAAUGCAGGAAGACACACUGGCCCAUUCGGGGACCAGAUGGUUCUACAGUUGGGUUGAAACCUCAGGGACAUGAAGAGGAGGGGUAAAAGACAAGUAUGGAAAAGAAGGUUUGAAGUCCCACUGCAAAAGAUCUUAAAUGUCAGGGAAAGGAAUCUGUGCCCAACUCUGAAGGCAGUGAUAGUCACUGAAAAUCUCUAAGUGUGGAAUUGACAUGCUCAGGAUGGUCCUUUGGUAAAAGAAGACUGGGAGAGGUGUUCAUGGACCGGAGCAGCCGAGGCAGAGCCUAGGAACAAGUAACAGUAAUACAGAUGAGGGCAGUUAAGGGGUAGUUGGACAGGAGGCAAGGGUUUGACAGCCAGAAAAGAAUCAAUGGGACUUGGCAACUGAGUGGGUGACUAUAAAAAGAAGGAGGGGUCAAAGUUGGUGGGAAGAUGGUAAAGAACUAAAGCAUUUAGGGGGCAAAGGAAGUAGGGUGGUAGGUGAGCUCCAUUUUGGAGAUACUGAAUUUGAGAUGCUAGGAGGACAUCCAUAUGGACACCCCUGGACAGCUGGGUCUGAAAUUCAGAAAAAACUUGUGGCAAGAGACACAGAUAUGAGAAUAAUCACCAUAAAGAUAAUGGUGGAACCCAGGGGAAAAGGAUGAGAUGCAGGGCCAGCUUUAUGGGUAUGUGACCUGUGCUUAGUUUAAUCCUCUGAUGUCGCUGUCUAGAAAUUCUUAAUAAUUUUUUUUUUUAAACAAAGGGCCUUUUAUUUUCGUUUUACAUGAGGAUCUGCAAAUUACAUAGCUGGCCUUCAUGAGAUGCUAAGGGAGAGAGUUGAGUACAAGCUGGGAUCCUUCACCCCAGAUCACAGAUGGGCUGUCGAGGCCUGUGAUUCCUGUGAAAUGCACAUACUAUCUGAUAUGAUUGUUCAGUAAGGCACUUGUCUGGGAGUAGGGUCCGCAAAUUUUAUCAGAUUCCCAUGGAUGAUACUGUAUAUGAAUUGCCUCUGGGAGAGGAGGACUGGGUAGGAGACUGACUUUUCCUUGUAUCCCACUUUUGUGGCUUUUGAAUUUUGAACCAUGAGCAUAUAUUACCUCUUCAAAAACUAAAUACAAUAAUUUAAAACAAAACAAAGUGUCACCAUGGCAGAGGAAGAAGGGCGACCACAGAGAGAGUCCUGGGGACAGGCAGAUGAAGAGGGCAGAGAAGCAACAGCCAAAGAGAGAGUAGAAAAACUGGGAUGGAACAGGUGGUGGCUUCUGCCAAGGGAGGGGGUUUUUCUAGAAGGAGAAUAUCACCAAUAAGGUUAGAUGUUACAAGAGAGGAGGAUGAAGAAAAAGAAGGGUCAGUGCCUUUCACCUCGUAGAAGCUUAAUAAGUGUAUGCUGACGAUGAUGAUGGCUGGACCUCCCCCAUGAAGGGAGCCACAUACACCACGACAAGCCUCCUUCCUCCCAACUCAGCCAGUCCCAUCAGCCCGACCCAUCUGUGUGUUCCCUCCAGACGCCUACAGGGAAGAGCUCAGAACAGACAGAAGCUGAAGCCAGGCUCCAGUCAGACUUGGGAGAGGUGGGGUCUUUUCUUAGAGCCAGGCCAUUCUCCUCCCUCAGAUUAAGGCAAAGCAGGGCCCCUGGCCUGGGCUGGGGUGAAAGGCUAGCAAAGCGCCUUGGGACCUGAGCUGCCUGUGCCAGGUAAGGUCCCCUCUACCCCUGUGCUUCUCUUUUCAGCUGCAGUUUUGUUUUGGGACCUGGGAACUGCUGGUGUUCCCUUACCAGACCCUGCCCGCCCCUACUCCCAUUCUCCCUUGCUUCAAGGCUUCCUCCCGGGCUCAGAACAGAGACUGUGUGUGCUCUGCCCCGGGGGCCAAUGGAGAGAGCAGUCCUGUGUCAGGGAUGAUUCCCUUCCAGUUGGGGCCUCUGCCUCCAGUUGGGCCUUCAGGCCCUGCGCAUCCCUCUUAGGGAGGGAUGUGGGUAUGGGCUCUCCACUUCUGAAAGGCUGCUAGAGCUAUGGAAAGGCAUUUCACAAGCCCUGUGUGUUACUCCCAGGAAAAUACACACACACACAUAGACACACAUCUUUUUAUUAAUCUACCAUAACUUUAAUCCCUAUCAGUCUUAAGUAAAAUUUUCCACACAUUUUUAUCUUUCAUCCACAAAUGCUUGAAGACAUAGUUUCCCUCAAUACUAAGCAUCUGCUCUAUGUCCAUCACUGUGCUAGGCCCUGUGGGGUAAACAAAUACAUAUUACACUAUCCCCACCCUCAAAUAGCUUAUAAUUGAGCUAGUGGGGAGAGCCAGAACAGCAGCAAACUAUACCACACCCUGCCUCAGUUAACUGGGGACUACUCAUGUGCUCUAGAAACUCAGAAUGGGAGAAAUAGUAAAUUUGAAGGCUUACAUUUUAGGAACUGGGCCUUGAAGGAUAUAUAGUUUGUAGGUAGACAGGGAAAAGAAGGAAAAACAUUCCUUGCAGUGAAUCUAUAUGAGCAAAUACAAAGAGGAGAAAUGGUGACCAGUCCAUCACAUGAUGAGGAAAAGCCCGACCCUCCCUAGUGGUGCAAAUGAUUAAUGUAUUUGGCUGCAAACCAAAGGCUGGAGGUUCAAUUCCACCCAGAGAUGCCUCAGAAGAAAGGCCUGGUGAUCUACUUGUGAAAAAUCAGUCAUUGAAAACCCUAUGGACAUUCUCAAAGCCAACUCUUCAGACAAAGUUUAGACUGGACUAUAAGACAUAAAAUGAUACUCGUGAAGAGUGUGCUUCUUAGUUCAAGUAGAUACAUGAGACUGAAUGGGCAGCUCCUGUCUGUAGGUGAGAUGAGAAGGCAGAAGGGGACAGGAGCUGGUUGAAUGGACACAGGAAAUCCAGGAUGGAAAGGAGGUGUGUGCUGACAUACGAAUAGCAACUAGGGUCACAUAACAAUGUGUGUAUAAAUUUUUGUAUACCAAUUUGAGCUGUAAACUUUCACUUAAAACACAAUAAAAAAAAAAAAAUAUAUAUAUAUAUAUAUACACUAUGGA